AUUUAUAGGAAAUUAGUCAAAAGUUAUGAAAGUCAAGGAAGCGAUAAACAUGUGCAAGGACCGUGUCUUAUGGCGCUAGAUACACAAAAUUUCUGUUGUUGUAAAGAAUGUAUUUAAGUUUAAAAAUAAACAGGUAAGUAAGUGAUAAAUGAUAUAAUAACAAUACAAAACAUAUAUGUAUACAAAUACAUCAGAGGCACACUGUGCACUAGAAAACUGUUUUUGAAGAUUCAAUUGUAUUAUUGUUAUAUUUUUACAAAACAUAUUGGAUAUAUUAAUUAAAAUACGUCUUACAAAGUACGAGUAUCAUAUAAUAACUACAGAUAUUUAUUUAAAAAAAAUUAAAUAACUCUAAUUCAUAUAUUUAUAUUUGCAUAUCCUGUACCAAUCUAGGUAACAAAAGUAUAUUUCCAGAAUAUUUUAAUAUUAUAAUUAAAUGAAAACGUGCUCGUUUUAAAUUAAUAAAAAAACAUUAUAAGGAAAAUCGCAUAAUUAACACACCAUUUUGCAAACGACAUAUUUAAAAGAAAUACGGUCAAGGUAUAUCAGUUACAUACUAAUAAUAAAUAAUAAUGUAGGACUGGGUGAUAAUGAUCUGAAUAAAAUAAUUGCAAAAAAAACAUAAUGGAACAAAACAAACCAUUUGUGUUAAUUAUUACAUUUCAACUCUUCAUAAUCAAAGUAAGUAAAAAAAAACUAAAAAGAAAAAAACAAGCCCAGUAGUCUAGAAUUCUGUUAAGUAAUACUAAAUAACUACACAAUUGAAAUAGUUUUUUGAAAUACCUAUUCAACGACACCCCACUUGACAUAGUUCGUCGAUUUUUUUUUUCAUUUUUACAAUAUGGCGUCUGGUUGUCGCUGUGGAGAAUUUUGAUUACUGUCUUGUCUUUGUGACACUCGCAAGGUUAAGACGAAUCGAUUGACGUAAGAAUCAUCAAUAUCGGCCUACGCAUUUGGUCUCUAGAACGCCACAUAGAAACAAACAUACAUACAUAUAAACACAUUACCCUCCUUUGCGUCGCGCAGUCGGGUAAAUAUCGUAGGUACUUCGUUUCGCUUUGCCAAACUUUUGCUUCACAAUAAAAAAUACGGAAGUAGUUACUUAAAUGCGGCUUUUAUGUUUAUGUAAAUCAAAACUAUAUAAAAAGUAAGGAGUAUACUGUUAUUAUAGUGUAGAGUUUUACAUUGUUUAAGCUGGAAUCGAACAAAAAUAUUGAUGAUCUCUAACCUUGUUCUCGGUACACUACGCCUACGUUUUACGAAAAUAAGUCAUAACAACACUACACAAUACGAAUUAAAUAUUAAACUUGCUUAAUUCAUACUUUUCGACAACGACUAGGUCAUCUAAUGAAGUCAUAAUCUUGAGUCACAUAACGCAGGUGUAACUUUUAAAGCUGUGGACCAAGGAUUGGACAUUUGUCAUGUUUUAUUUGCUGUAUUGACUCCUCGUAGUUCCGAGAAUUAAAUAUCUUCCAUGACCGGUCGAGGUUAUCGACAGCUGAUAGAAUACUAAACGACAAUAAAUUGACAUCUCGCGAAUGACCAAUGUCAGUAAGUGCGCGACUACUGUGGGGUGAAUUUCAGUAAUAAGUGUAACUAUAUUGUUUUUCAAUACAAAAGGUAAUGAAUAUUAAAUAAAUUUAUAAUAUUAACACUACAUUAAUAUAAUUUAUGAAUAGCGGAGUCACAGUCACGAAAAGCAUCGAGUUUAACAUUAAGCUUGGUAUACCUAAAUAGAAGUCCAUAGAACAGUUUUAAAUCAGAGCAGUCGCCCGGAUUGCGAACGAUCGUGGGUUCGAUUCCCAUCUCAGGGUGCCAGGGACCAAGUGGAUUUUUUAAGCAUUUUGUAUUAAGAAUAAUUUUCAGUACCUAUGCCAUUGUGAAUGCAAAAUUAAUCAAAAAUAUAGUAAAGAUUUAAGCUAAUUUUAUAAAGAAUUAAUCUUCAUUUACAGGGAGCCACAAAGAAGAUGAAGCGUUUAAUACUAGGAUUAGCCAUGACUUCAUUAGUCAUGGCGAAGCCAGAACUAUAUAGAGAAAAAGAGGAUUUUCAAUAUUCACGAAGCUCUUCGGAUGAAGGAACUAAAUCAGGCUAUUACGAUGCCCAAAGGGGCAACAUGGGAGGCAACUAUGAGAAGGCUCACAACAUGGAUACAUUAGCACAGCAUCAAAUGGGUGGUUUAGUUAAACAAGUGGAUGGAGAAUUAGGAGAUGGGUCAAACACCAGAACUGGAAGUGUUUUCAGUUCCGCAAAUUCCCGGGGUAUUUAUGGGUCAGGACACUACGAUUUGAGUAAUUUGGCAGGCCGCAAUUUUCAGGAAGGCGUGUCUUAUGGAGACUCACAACAUGCCUCUUCAUCGAACAGUGCAUAUACAGUGCAUUCAUCAUCUCAUAAUAACGAGAGACACAGCAGCAGUGGUCACACUGGAUAUCAAGCCAGUAAUGCACAAGAAACUCAAAAUUUGUAUGAUGCUAAACAAUAUGAACGGGGAAUGCCAACUGGACACAGUUCAAUGCAUCUUUCCCAAUCUGGUUAUAAUGGACAAAACUUAUACGGACAACGAGUAUAUACAGAUAACUUGGCUUCUUCAAAUACAGAUUCUAACACUCAUCACAGACUCAUAAGCACAGUACCAGUGAAAAUUAUAGUAAGGCCUGGACAAAGCAUUGCUGUACCAAUAGCAACCCAAACACAUAGUGGAUUACCAAUAGCAACCAAUACUCAUAGUGCUUCUUUUUAUGAUCAAAAUGCUGUAAAUAAUGAAGCUGAAGUUUCAAGUACCAAUAUUCAUCAACAAGCUUUACAACCCACUAAUACUGGUAAGCAUUACGAAUCUUCUUAUAGAUAUCAUAAAGAAUGGGAAAAACAUGAUACCCGACCUGCAGUUAUACCAUUAGCUAUACCAACAUUAGCACCGAUCUCCAAUAGUGAAUUAUAUGAUGAUUCUUAUGCACAACGUGGUACGCAGCAUAGUGAGGCUAGUAAUAGAUACGAGCAGAAUAGUGAUUAUAACUCUGCGUCUAGUCAAUCACGAUAUCAAACUGAUUUUAAUGCUCGACAUCAAAGUUUGGGAUCAUCAAAUUCUCACAUUCAAAGCGGUACCAAUUCCAAUUUUAACUCUCAAUCUGCUAACCUUAUCGGAAUAGAAAGUUCGAAGCCUAAAAGUUAUCAAUCAUCGUAUUCUUAUCAUAAGUCAUGGGAGAGACAAGGAGAUCCGUACAUAAUAAAACCAGCAUCUAACGGCGUGUAUGAAGGUCAAACAUCUGGUAGAUUAACUGACAUUACUGCAGCUCAAAACGGUUACUCUUCUUAUAAUUACGGGUCCAGGCGAACGCAAAGUCAACAAAGAUAUACGCAAAAUAAUUGUAUGGUAGAAUGUGAACCGAGUCACGACAGAGUUGUGAGGUCGUACAAUUCCAAUUAUGAUGAUCAAUUUCAACAGCAAAGUCAAAAUACAGAAGAUUUCGGUCAACAAUCGCAAAAUCAAUGGGCCGACUUGACAGAACUCGGACAACAAACGCAAGCACAGUUGGUACAGACUGACAAUUUUGGACAAACGCAAAACAAAGAUAAUUUAGAAGAUUUUGGUCAACAAACACAAGACACAUGGGAUCAAUCAGAAAGUAGACCUGAGCACUUUGAAAAUUUUGGACAACAAACACAAAACAAAGACAAUUUAGAAAAUUUUGGUCAACAGACACAAAACACAUGGGGUCAAACAGAAAGUAGACCAGAGCACCUCGAAAAUUUUGGACAACAUGCACAAAACAAGGAUGAUUUAGAAGAUUUUGGUCAACAGACACAAGACACUUGGAGUCAAAUUGAAAAUCUCGGGCAACAGACACAAACCUUGUGGAACUCAGAUAGUACCGGGCAAGAAACGGAAAAUCAAUGGGGGCAAUUAGAUGAUCGUGGACAGCAAACACAACAUGAUCUGUAUACCGCAGGACAACAAUCGCAAAUGGAUUAUGGCCAGCAAACACAAGACAUAUGGGGAAAAAUUGUCAAAAAUGAACAAUCUAAGAAAUUUGAAUCCAAUCAACAAACAGUAAAUAAGUGGUAUCCUAUAAAUACACAAAAUGUCGAACAGCCUCAGGCAUCUACUGAAAAAAAUGGUUCUAAUUUAGAUAACUUUAGCAAUUCAGAACAAACAGAACAAGACAAAUCCAUGGAGCAUUCUUUUCAAUCAAAUGAUAUGACUCAACAGACCUCAGGAAUUUGGGACAAAAUAUAUAAUCAACAUCAGUCAUUCGAAACAAAUAAUGGAGCCCCUGAAUUUCAUCCAAACCAACCGCAAAACACCGGCGGUUUAAGUAACUUGUGGGGUAAAUUAGACAAUUUAGAUGAAGGAUAUACGCAACAUACUACAAACAAUGAAAAUAGCUAUUUUUCACAAAGCUCAAGUUCACAACAAUUCCACCAAAAUUGGCAUAAACAAGAGAUUUACCAACAUUCCAAUAGUGAUAAAGACUUUAAUGAAAAACCAUUCAAUAAUGCUGAGUUUGAAUCAAAUCCUCUCAUCAAGCAGGAGAAUGGCACUUUAACGACGUUUGACAUUGGAAGUAAUAAAAUGAAAACAACUACUGCAAUAAAUAACGCUUAUAAAAGUAGUACAGCAAAGACUUUUGACAACAACAACAAAGAUAUUACAACUACUACAGAAAAAGAAACAAAUACACAUGUAUUUCGCCCUAUAGAUAUAGGCCGUGGAGAUAUAGGACCUGAAGAAUCGACAACCGAUAAGGAAAUUAUUAUCAGUCACACUACUGAUAAUAACUACCCUAUUGAUGAGCAAAUUUCUGUAGUCAGUGAUAUUAACAAAGAGAAAAUCACUAAAGAAAUCGAAGAUUUAACUAAAGAAAAUAGCCAUUACGUAGAAAAAUAUUCUGUUUUUACUGGCAAUAUAAAUAAGCAUGAGACUGAAGGCGGUAAGCCUAUAGAUGUAGAAGAAAUGUCACCUGAACUUAAUAAACACAACAUAAACACAGAACUUAUUGAUCAGCAGAAUACACAAACAGAAUUUAUAGAUCAACAAAAUACACAACAAGAACUACAAACAUUUGAACAGAACUUCAAACAACAGAACCAACAUUUCAUUGAAUCUAUGCAACAUUUUGAGACUCAGAACAAUGAACAGUCUUCUAACUUUAAUAAACAGAACAAUGACUUUGAUCAAAAACUCAAUUUGAAUUUAGAAUCACAAAAUACAGAACAACAAUCUGUUGAUGAAUUUAACCAGCAAAGUCAACAAUCAGUUCAGAAUUUUGAUCAAGAAUUUGUGGACUUCAGUCAACAAGAUCAAAAAACACAAAAAAAUAAUAAGGAUUCAGAAAUAGAGGAGUUAAUACCAGAACCGGUAAAUUUCCAUGAACAACAAUUAGAGGUGAGAAAAAAGGGAUUGAAUAAUAGAGAACAAGAUCUCGAACAGGCAGGUCAAAACACAUAUAAUCACGACUACAGUGUGAUUGGCAUGGCUGAUCUAAAGGAACAAGAAAUGCCAAAAAGUGUGGUAGCUGAGCCUACUUCUACAGAGAUUGUAACAGAAAAAACGGGAUUCUGGAAGUCUGUAGGUAACAAGUUCACAAAUGCCAAAAAUAAAGUAGCAUCGUGGUUCGGAAGUUGAAUAAUGUAUAGUUAUUAAUAAUAAUAAAUGAAGACAUAGCUGUGAUUUUUAAGUUAUAUUUAUAUGAGUGUGUAACUAGUAAAAUAAUAAAUUGUGUGUAAGAGUGAAUAAUUAAAUAGAAACACUUGAUAUGAGAUUUUAGAAUUAAUAAAUAAAAAAAUGUCUUCCAAAUGUGAAUUUAGAUAAAUAAAAUAAGUCUGUUACUUACAUCAGGCAGUGAAUUGAAGUAUUUUAUAAAUGUUUGCUGCUGUACUGAAUCUGAAAUAAAGAAAAUAUAUUUUUAUUUUAUGU